AUGCAGAGUUACACAACCACCACCGUAUAUCAGCAACAAUCUCAAGAACCACUCCAGUCUCCAGUUCCGCAGACAGUACCUCAGACAGAACCUCAGGCAGUACCUCAGACGGCACCUCGGCCAAGGGACUAUUUUCAACGCACUCCGCCAGUCUUUCAGUCGAGCGGCUUGGCAGCUCGGGUACCCUUCGAACUUCGAGCAAAUCCUCUCAUCGAUAGGAACCACCAGGAUUUUAUGAGGAUAGAACGAUACUUCUUUACGUUGCUCCGGAAUACUAACCUUACUCUUGAGGAGAUAAUCGAAAAUACAUUCGAGCCUCACGAGAUUAGCAUCCUCGAACCAGCCAGUCAUCCGCCGGAACUGGUUAAGCUACAGAAAGCAAACUCCAUUCGUUAUCAACAGAUACUAGACACACGCUUCCAGGGCAACACCCCUACACUUCAACUCAAGUUAACUUUUCUCUAUUUCGGGUUACCAAUUGCUCCGAUGAAGCUUGGGUUGUCUCAAACGAUGGUGAUUACAGACCUAGACUUUUUAGAGGACAAGAUCCAGAUCGCGACCAACCCUCUCGAGUUCUUAAAUGAGUACGGUGAGAGGGCGUACGGCGACCCCCACAAGCGUGUUCCUGAUCGUCAUUUUCUUCAGCUUCCGCAAGCUCAGGAGUUUACGUCUUUACGUCUCCGUCCUCCGCCAUAUCAGGACGAUCAGGCUUUGAGACUACGCGGCGGCGCGUUGCCCUCGAAAAUGGAAUGGGAACCGGAGGGUGAUGGCACUUAUGAUCCAGCCACUAGUUCCGUAAGGCUUUUUGGAUAUCAAGGGUCGAUUCAAGUCGAGCUUUACUCAUCGGCCUACGAUAGUUUCGUCGAGGCCGUAGACCAGCUCCUAGGAUUGAGAUACAAAUACAACUAUUCCAUAAGACUUCAGAUAUGGGACCAAAUUAACUCUGGAACUGAGCCUGUCGCACAAGCAACAGGCAUGAUCUAUCAGAAAAACAAGAGACCUGACGGCGACGAUGAUAUAUUUUCAUUAGUUGAGAAAUUAUUCAGCCAAGGCAGUAAGGAUGAGCGAUACUGUGGUUUUGUAUCCUUCGACAAGGAGGAAUCUCCCGAAUCCUACCAGCCAUCCAGCGGAGCCGAUCGAUACAUUAUUCGUGUGUGGGAUGAUGAUAAAAAAAAUAUGGCAUAUAUGAAAGUUCCAGAGUCUCUAGUAUCAACCCAUAAACCAAACCAAUUCCGUUAUGAAUACUUGCGUGCCAUGCGGGUACUCUUCCGGCAAUCUCCUCAUGCGUAUUUCAGGUUCUCAACGAGCGGUCAGGAAUUAACGUACGGACUGCUCGACCCAUCUCCUGUAGUCUGGGAUCAAAUUAUCCAAGAUCAUAUAAAGGAUGACGGAUUACCUCUUCUAGGUUUUACAGGAAUUGACAUACCAGAAGAUGUCGUGCCGGUUUUCAUACCGGGGUUCCACUCCUACGAUACCGACUUCUCGAGCGGAUUACCGGUAACUUGUUUAAGCAGAGACGAUCUUAAACUAGAAGGAGGGGAUAGCGACAAAGAUGGGCUAUCGAAGCUGAUUAGUGCGGUUAACGCCGCGAACCCUUUCGCGAUCAGCCACAAUAAAAAGAUCGGUAUCGAAGUCUGGAUUCCGGGAGAUGAAUUCUUAAACUGCUCGAUUUCCGGCCGGUUCAUCAAUAUGGUGAAAACCGAGAUCAACGAGCAGACGAUAUAUGACUGGAAGGCUGCCGUUCGCAUAUAUCAAGGGCCAAGAAUCCAUGCCAAACCUGGAAAGAUAAGCAUCGUAGCUCGACCCGUGUUCAGCACUUACACAAUUAGUGCCAAGAACGAUCCUAACCGGAAUUUCUCAGUCGACCUGAAUGAUCUAAGACUAUCAGAGUUUAAGGAAGAGGUCAAGUCUAAGCUAUUCGCAAGAUAUCAACCAACGUCGAAAAAUCUAGUUCUACAUCUAGUGCAGUCAACUUGGUCAACUAACAAGAUCGACUUCGCCGUCAAUACGAAUACCGAUGAGGACGAGUGGAGAUGGAUCGUGAGACAUAUCACCGAACCGAACAUAACCAUAUCCCUUGAGUAUUGGGUCAGCGACUGGGCCGUGGAAAAGGGAUCUACAUGGGGACCACGCUACGAUACUAUAGAGCCGUUCACGCUGACAUCUCAAUUCGAUUCGAUGAACAAGUAUUUUACACCGUAUGACCCUCCACCCAAGCAUGUUCGCCAGUCCGACUCAGCCCGCAUUACCGCUUCAGGGUCCGCCUAUCGAGACUAUCAUCAGGACGGGGCCCAACGUGCCGGCAUUUACCACCGCGAUGCGGACUCCUAG